AUUUACGAACAACUUUGUAUUUUUAAUAAUUUUGUUUUUUAAUAGGAAAUAUAAUCUACAAAAACUUAUUAUCACUCAUUUAUCAACCAUAAACCAUCAAGGAUGUCAGAGAAUACAUUAGAAAGUAUGGAAAAUCAGUUGGAGCUGUUUAUAGAGAAUAUUCGUCAAAUCGGAAUCAUAGUCUCAGACUUUCAGCCACAAGGGCAAGCAGUAUUAAAUCAAAAGAUACAGACGCUCAUCUCAGAUCUUCAGAAAAUCGACAAAUAUCGCAGUAAAAUUGAAGGAAUCUCAAUUCCUCUUGCCGUCUGUACAGACUACAUCGAUCAAGGCAGAAAUCCUCAGUUAUACACAAAAGACUGCAUCGAGAAAGCACUUUACAAAAAUGAGGAAACAAAAGGAAAAAUUGACAUGUACCGAAAAUUUAAAGCAAAUUUACUUGUUGAGCUCCAACAGAACUUCCCACAUGAAAUUAACAAGUAUCGAUCAUUAGAAAAGUUUUAUAACACUAAACAAGAAUAACAUGCUGUAACAUUAAGUCCUCAAAAGUCCUAUUUCAAUAAAUCAUAUUUAUGAUAUUUUCGUUUAUAAGCCGCGUAUUAAAAUUAAAAAUGUAAACAAAUUUAAAUUUGGGACGUAGGCUUAAAAGAGGGGGUGGGCUUAUAAAGGAAAAUUUGACCUGAAAUUUAACUGAAAAUAAAGAUAAAUUUAAUUAAAGAAACUCGA